AUGUCAACAGCUAGCAUAGAGUCGAACAAGGAUGGUGGACGGCCAGUCAAGACUAUAGGGGUAUAUAGCAUUGGACCUGAGAUAGGAAAAGGGUCUUUCGCCACAGUUUACAAGUGUAUUAACACUAAGACAAAUGAGUCAGUGGCUAUCAAGUCGGUAGUGAGGUCAAAGUUGAAAUCCAAGAAAUUGGUAGAGAACCUUGAGAUUGAAAUAUCCAUAUUGAAGACGAUGAAGCAUCCGCAUAUUGUGGGGUUGCUAGACUACAAACAAACUACAUCACACUUUCACCUAGUGAUGGACUACUGUUCCAUGGGGGAUUUGUCAUACUUUAUACGUAAGAGAAACCAGCUUAUCAAAACACAUCCAGUGAUAUCAUCGUUAUUGGAGCGGUACCCAUCGCCGGAGGGAUCACAUGGAUUAAAUGAAGUAUUGGUGAUUCACUUCCUCAAGCAGUUAGUUUCCGCUUUAGAAUUUUUAAGAAGUAAGAGUUUGGUACAUAGGGAUAUCAAACCUCAAAACCUAUUGCUAUGCCCUCCCUUACAUUCAAAACAAGAGUUCAAGGAUGGUGGGUUUGUCGGGUUAUGGGAAUUGCCUCUCUUGAAAAUAGCUGAUUUUGGAUUUGCUAGGUUUUUGCCAUCAACUUCCAUGGCAGAGACGUUAUGUGGAUCCCCACUUUACAUGGCACCCGAAAUUUUACGAUAUGAAAAGUAUAACGCAAAGGCUGACUUGUGGUCAGUUGGAGCAGUCUUAUAUGAGAUGACUGUAGGUAAACCACCAUUUAGAGCUGAUAACCACGUUCAGUUACUUAAGAAUAUUGAAAAGUCUAACGAUCGUAUUAAAUUUCCUUCUGCGGCACAAGUGCCUGAAUCUUUGAAAAGGUUGAUUAGGUCGCUAUUAAAGUACAAUCCAACUGAAAGAGUUUCUUUCAACGAAUUUUUCAAUGACCCUUUGAUUAUUAAUGAAUUAGAGGGCAACGAUGAACCAUUAGAGACAUCAGAAAUGGAUGAAAAUUUGUUUAUCAGUGAAUACAUUUCUCCAAUUAAGCCUUCACAUAAAUCUCAGUAUAUUGAGCCAAUUACUACAGAAGGUGCCCUGAAAGAACAUCCUAAAGAAUUUUUGCCAACACAGGAAUCAUCGAAGCUUGCUAAUGAGUUAACAACAAAAGCAGCUGAUGUAAGGUCUUCAAGUAGAGAUGAAGAAAUUAAGGAGAUAAUAAAUAAGAAUAGUCCUGGACCUGAAACUUCAUCCCGUUCGAUCCAACCGCGUAACUUAAAAGACAAGUCAUUAGUAUUAAAGAAUAAAGAUAAUGAUAUCGUCUUAGAGCGGGACUAUGUUGUGGUUGAGAAAAGGGCUGUUGAAGUUAAUGCUAUAGCUGACGAAUUAGCACAUGCCGGUAGUGGUGCCUUAGCUAUUAAUCCACGUCGGAAAUCUUCUGGCUCUGAUAAUAGUUACAGUCCUAAUAAUAUGCAGCUUUAUAGAAGACCAUCUCUCAGAUCAAAUUCAUCAGGAAGUCAAAGGAGACCAAGUUUUACUGAUCGGAGGAUUUCUAUUUCAAUAUCACCUACAAAUGCUUUAACGAAAGCUAUAGGAUUAGCUUCAAAUAGAUUAUUUGGAGUAAAUGCAAGCAAUUCUCCAACUAAUCAAUUAAUUGAGGAAACAGAUGAAAAGUUAGCAAUUAAUGAAAAUAAUAGUAGCAUGAAUGUUACGAAUAAUACAUUCUCCACUAUUCUCUCAAAUCCAAACUUUGCAAACAAUUUAUUAGUUCAAAAAUUGAAUCUACCAACAUCUACUACCGUUACUAAUAGUUUGCAAAACAAUGCUCCAUCGCAAUCGUCAUUGCAGUCUAAAGCUGAUGAGUCGGUUCUUGAUAGGCUUGAAUCUUUAGCAACUAAAGCGCAUGCAAUAAACUUAUUUGCGGAUGUUAAAUUUAGUCAAUUGAUUCCAUCUCCACCUUCAUCAGAUGCUCUAGAUGAUGAUUUAUUGCAUCAGAAUGAUAUGCUACCUCCAAAAAUUGUCAAGUCAAUAAGUGAAGAAGGCGUUGUACUUUAUGUUAAAACUUUGUCCUUGUUGGCUAAGGGUAUGGUUAUAGCAAGCGAUUGGUGGUAUAGCCAGUUUGAAAUUGAUGAACCUAGCAAUAAGAAUUCAAAUGAAAAUCCGCUAAAACCCAGUGCAAGCAAUAAUAGCAAUGGCUUACUGUUAGCUGUCAGAAUCAAUGAAUUGGUACAAUGGAUACGAGAAAAAUUCAAUGAGUGUUUAGAGAAGGCAGAAUUUAUUAGAUUGACGUUACAAGAAGCUAAUGCGUUAUUAUCUAGUGAAGGAAACUCUGAAUAUAUGGAUAAUUCCAAUUCAGUUGCUGAUAAAACGAGAGUAGUUGCAGAAAAGUUAAUUUUUGAUAGAGCCUUGGAAAUGUCCAGAAAUGCAGCAGUCAACGAAUUAGUCAAAGAAGACUUGAAGGGCUGCGAAUUGGCGUAUAGCACUGCAAUAUGGAUGUUGGAAGCUUUGUUGGAUGAAGACGCAUCUAAUGAUGAAGAUAGACUUGAUGAUGAAGAUAAAGCAAUGGUAGAGAAAUUUAUUGUUAGCAUUGGCAAUAGAUUAUCUGUAUUAAAACGAAAGCUUGAAUUGAUCUAA